AUGAAUAAGAUUAUAGUUUAUGAACAUGAAGACUUUAAAGGACUCAGUAAAGAGUUUAUUGCAGAUGUACCUGACCUACGUAGCGUGGACUUUGGGGACUGCAUUUCUUCCCUCAAAGUGAUUGGGCAACCAUGGCUGGGCUUCCAUGAUCCAAACUACCAAGGUACAGUUCAUGCAUAUGAGGAAGGUGAACAUAAGCACAUAAGCAUGAGCAAUCAUAUUUCUUCUCUUCAGUUAGUGACUGAAGACCUAGAACAUCCACAGAUUACAGUUUAUGAGCACCGUAACUAUGAAGGGGCAAGUAAAGUUAUCACAGAGGAAAUAAACCUAACAUAUGGAUAUUUCAAUGAUAAGGCAAGUUCCCAUGUUGUCCAGAAAGGUGCCUGGCUCUUGUAUGAACAUGGAAACCGAGGCGGUUGGUACUAUAUAGCUCGGGAAGGAAGCAAACUUCCUAACUAUGGUCCAGUGUUUCAUUUCAAUGAUAAGUGUUCCCAUAUGUAUCCCCUUAAAGGUGGCCGGCCCACAGUCACUACCAAGAUCUUGUGGGAUUGCAGGAAAGUGGAGAGUGAGAGAGAUGUGGUGAUUGAUGAGAUAAAUGGUAUAAACACCACCGAUUUUGAGCAGACGUUCACCACUUCCAGUAGCAGAGUCUAUGAAUCGGUCACUAGCCACAGCUUCAGACUCAAAGUGCCAAGUCUUCGAAUAGAUGAGAGCUUCAACUUAAGCAUAGAUCCAAAAACUAACCUCACAGUGGAGAAAGGUAGCAUAGACUCUACUGUUACCAUCGACAAAGUUGAGGUGACCAUGCCAGCCAAUAUCCCACCACAUUCAGAACUCUGUAUCCAAGUCAUCAUGAAAUUAAUCACAGCCUCAACUCCUGUGGAGCUGAUCAUGACCAAGAAUGGGAAACCAAAGACAGAGUAUGGAGAGUAUCGCAGUGUGUCAGGACGCAACAUCAUUACCAAAUAUACAGUGAAACCAAUUGAGUUGAAAAAGAACAUACAAAGCCAAUAA